AUGCCCACGGACACCCAUUGGCACAAAAGGAUUCCCCACAUUAAGGUCGGUCCAGAGGAGACCCCGAGACUGCAGUACCUUCGGUUUGCGUCGAUCAGCUUGUAUCCCAGCAAUGAUGACAUCAGCCUGGCGGUCAGCAGCAUUCUGAAGUUCUCCAGCUGCCCAUCUACCAGUCUCGUCUGUGCCAAGGCUGAAUGUCUCCUUCGCCUGGAGGAGCUGGUACGCCAGUUCCUGAUCUCCAAGGACUCCCUGUCGAUACGAAUGCUUGACCAUUCCAAUGACCCCACGCCCCUGCUGAAAGAGAUCCGGGACGACAAAAUCUCCACCAUCAUAAUCGAUGCCAACGCCUCGGUGUCUUACCUCAUUCUCAAAAAGUUUAAUAAUAUUCUUCCCAUAACAGGGCAACCGGAUCUGGACACAGUCAAUCCAGAACAAGGUAUUGAAACUCUGGAGAGAGAGGGCAAAGGAGAUUUACUGGAAUGGGGCCAGGAAUGA